AAAUGCAUGUACGAUAUACAAGUGACUAAUGAAAAAAUUUCAAAUAAUUUACUUAAAUUAUGUAGAAAAUAAACAAAUUACUUAAAUUCAAGUAAUUACUUUUAAAAAAUAAAAAUAAUUUGCUCGAUUGUACCAUACGUGCACUUUUCAAUCCAAUAUAUUACAGACUAUCCCUAAAGGAAAAAAAAAAGAAAAAGAAAAGGCAAAGUUUUAUGUAUGCAUACCGAACUAAACUUCAUGACGUUAUAGCAGAGGAGAGCCAGCAAGCUAAGGAAGCAAGUUUUCACAUGUGAAAAUACCAAAGUUCUCGCACAUGCAAAUAUAUAUACAUAUAGAUGGAAACCUCCAUGGUCAUUGGCCCAUAUAAGACAUCGAUCGCCCUCUCUUAGAUCAAAUUAGCUUAGACCCCUCUUCAGUUGUUAUCUGUCUCUCUUUCAUCAAACUCCAAACAUUUGUUUUCUGCUUGGAAAUCGCGAGAAGAAUAUGGAAGUUCCUGAAAUUCCUGGAUUAAAUUUUCACCCGACCGACGACGAACUUCUUACCUAUUACUUGAAGCAGAGGAUUCUCGACUACUUCCAGGAUCCAACUAGAUCUUUGAAUAGUCAUAUGGUUCCUGACAUCGAGCUUUCCAACAUGCAUCCUAAAGAACUUCCCCGGCAAUUCAAGAGGCUUGCGAAGGUAAAGUCUAAUGGAAGGGAAUGGGUCUUCUUCUGCCUUCGCAAAGAGAAGUAUCGUAAUAGUAGUCGUUCCGAGAGAACCGUUCCCAACAUCGGUUACUGGAAAGUAACUAGUAAGCCCAAAAAAGUAAAAAGUGAAGCUACCCAUAAUGAAAUAGGUAGUAAGAAUAUAUUAACCUUCUACGAGCGGUGUCCUCUCAAUAGAGCCAAGACUGAGUGGAUUUUGCAUGAGUAUCACUUAGAUGCGUCUUCUCUCGGUUACAAUAUUAGAGAGAUGCCCUUUGUUGUUUGCCGCUUGUAUAAUAAAGUCGCCGACAACGACGAAUCAACUUGUUGUGGAGAUGAAUCGAAUGGUAGUGCCACAUUCGAAACUCCUGAAACUACUUAUCGGCUUUCUUCAACUGAGCUUAUAUCUGAAGAAGAAAUGUGGCAAUCGCUCCCUGAAAUUCAGCAUCUGCCUCGCAACUUAUCAAAGUAUGAUAACUUCACCGGCAGGGCCGAACAAGAUAUUUACACCGAUGAAGCCGGUUCAUCUUCUGGUGGGUACUACAUUGGCGGUGGCUUCACCAAUUGUUACUAUCCAUCUAAUAAGGAAACAAACUAUUAUCAACCGUCCCAUAGUGGCUGGGGCUCGCACUACGACUAGCAAAGAAUGAAGAACAUUUAUUUUAUGCCGAGUUCAGGAUUAUCAUUAUGUUGCUCAAUCGUAUGAAACCGAUAACAUAUUUAUUUUACAUAUAUAUUAUAAUGGAUAUAACAUAUAUAUCUAUAUAUAUAUAUAUAUAUCUUAGUAGAGUGGUGUAUGGCGCUAUCGUGAUGUUAUUUAUGAUCGUGUUUUUGGCUA